GUGACGCUUAGUGGGGGCACCAGUGAAGAUGCUCUCAGUCCUGGGAAGCCGGCGCACGAGCUCGUUCUGCUCGGAGUGGAGUUGGAUCUUCUGCCGCCGCCCGCCGACCGCCGAUGCCAUGGCGGAGGAUGCGCCUCUGUUGGGUAGCACACCUACUGCUGCUCUUUCAGCGCUACGGAGAGAGACCUAUGGCGGGGGCUCAGGCGGCGGCCCAAGCUUGCUCUUGCGGCGGGGAAAAAAUAGCGAUAAGAGGGACAAGGAUUAGACUCGGAGUUGCGAUUAGAGAAAAGAGCGAUCGAUGUGCGGCCGUUUUGGAUAGACCAGUUGAUGCAACAUAUGGAGAGAAUUUUCUUUCAUAUAUGGACGAUACCAUCCAUACAAAUUUGCAACCUAUCAGUUCAUCACCCGACCCUCGCCGGCGCUUUAAAUCUCACAUCUGCCGCCGGAGGCGAAAACUCGUAGCAGCCGCCACCGAGCGCCCCAAACUCACCCAGGCGCCUCCCACGUAAGGGGUUUGAAAUAUGCGAAAAAUCAGUGGAAAAGAUGUUCCCGCUAGAACAAGGAGCAGAAACUUGCGUUUGAACGAGGCAUCCAGUAGAUUAAUUGAUCGUGAAGGUGGUGUACUCAGUCAAGAACUUGUUGCAAAGUUGUCUCCAAGCAUUGUCUCGCUUGCCUCAUUUGACGGCGAAAAGCUCCAUUCUCAAUGCACAGGCACAGUUGUCCGAAAUGAUCGACUAGGUUCAUCUAUUGUGACAUCGAGAGAUUUGGUUACCACUACAGAUUCAGGUUAUGUCCGAACAUUAAAGUUAAAAGUGCAUCUACCGAAUGGGGAAGUUGUGAAUGCAUCUGUGCAAUACUACAGUGUAGCUCACAACAUGCUUGUUGUAACCACUGGGUUCUUCCCUGAUAUCCGUGCAGCUUGUAUACCACAAAUGCAAGUUGAUUCUUCCACGCGGUUAUUAGCUGCAAGUUUAUGCCGCAUUCCCGACAAAUUUUGGGUCACCACUGGGGUACUGACUGACAGUCCUACAGGAGUUGAGAGCCAUGAAACCAUGUGGUCCACGUGCGAGAUCACUGAGGCUGGAAGCGGUGGACCUCUUGUUGAUUUUGAUGGGAAUAUUGUUGGGAUGAACCUCUGUAUGAAGAAGCGAAAAACCUCAUUCGUACCAGCAAAGCGAAUUGUUGAAUGUAUGGACAGGCUUGGGUUCUGGACCUAUUUGGAGAAUACUCCCACACCAUCGAACUUCAGUUCAGAAGGUACUUCAAGUUUAGGUACCAUUUUGGGUAGCUCAAGUCAAAAUCGCGCAAGCGAGGGAAAUGAAAAUAAGAACCAGGAACCUUGCACAUUUCCUAUCCAUGAAGCUAAUGAUGUAUGGUGUGACCUCAAUCAAGCACUUGCAGAAAAGUUGUCUCCGAGCAUUAUCUCCAUUGCUUCAUUUGAUGGAGAGGCAUUGCAUUCUGAAUGCACAGGCAUGGUUAUUGACAGAGAACUAUCUUCAGCCUCCUUUCUGACGACAGCAAGUUUGUUUGGAUCAUUAGAUCAAAAUCUUUGGGAUGAUUUAACGAUCAAAGUGCGCCUUCCGAAUGAUGAAGUGGUCCAUGGAUGGUUGCAUUAUUAUUCGUCUCCUUACAGUCUUGCUGUCAUCAUCACCCAUUCCUUGCCGCUCUCCCUUGAUCUUUGUGUAGCAUGUCUUGGCAACGACAUGCACGUUGAGUCGUCUGCUGAGUUAUUAGCUGUAAGGCGUUGCUUCGACUCAGGCAAAUUAGUGUCCACGAGAGGGUCAGUGAUACAUGGAACAUGGACAGGUGGAAUUCAUAAGAAACAGCGCAAAUUGUCCACAUGCAAAAUCAUCGAGGCUGCCAGUGGAGGACCACUUGUUGAUUGUGAUGGGAAUAUUGUUGGCAUGAACUACUAUGAUGAGGAAAUGACUUCAUUUGUACCAAGUAAUCUUAUUUUUGAAUGGUUGGCGCCUGCUCAUGUACACUGGGCUGCAAGUAAAGACACUUCCCGUCCGAAUGAGAUCCAACAAUCUUCGACACCUUAUAAUGACAGCCCAAAAGGACUCACGGAUGAUGAGCUUAGGCGUAUACUUGCUCCCUGGCGAUGUAAUGAAUUUAGAAAUAGAGUAAAUGCGAUCUUACUUGCUAAAGGUUAUCCCUUGCCAAGUUUUGCUGAUGAUGGCAUGUACUUGAAAUGGGAUUUUGAAGAGGGAUUUGGCAAAGAUAUUUUGAGUGAACCCACUAGCAGAGUUGCUUCAAAGAUGUCUCGAAGUGUUGUGGCACUUGCCUCAUUCGUUGUAGAUAAAACUGAGUAUUCGGGGGAACACAGAAAGGAGAAAAAAAUUUCAAGAAAGUUUGCUUGCACAGGUGUAUUUAUAGAAUGCUCUGGAUCCACUACAAGAAUUCUGACUUCAGCAAGUUUGGUUAGGUCUGGUGAUGGAAAGAACAUUCAUCGUGAAUGGAAGAUUGAAGUGUGCCUACCAAGUAAACGACGCGUGGAUGGGACAUUGCUACAUUAUGAUUUAAAGUAUAAUGUGGCUGUUGUUAGCAUCAAGGGUGUCUGCAGUUAUCGUGCAGCAAAACUCGAUGAAACCUCGCAAACUGAGAUUGGAGCUCAGGUAGUAGCUCUAGGGCGUGGCUUUGAAUCAGCUAAGUUAAUGGCCACAGAGGGGGCUGUGACUGCUAAACGUAGUAGAUCUUAUUGCGAAGAGCUUCAGAUAUCCACUUGUAAAAUCACCAAGGCUGGGAUUGGAGGGCCCCUUGUUGAUUUUGAUGGGAAUUUUGUCGGCAUGAACUUUUUUGACACGGAUCAAACUCCUUACCUAUCAAGGGUUAGAAUCCUGGAACUCAUGAAGAGUUUUAAUGCAGAACGGACUAUUCCUGUUGCCGUCGAGACUCCAGAUAAUUCUGAACUUCCUAGUUGGCACGUGCCUGACCCAGAAUGGUUUUAUCCGACUCGUUACGCCAAACCUCGUUAUGUUGAAUUUGAGUCAGAGUAAAAGCCUUGCGCUCGUAUUUUACUUGACCUGAAUCAGAGUAAAAGUUCAUGGAAAAAAUUUGAGCAGUGUUGGAUUGGUAAUAAAACUUGAAUUGAUCAACUAGCUUAAGUACACUUUUAUUUCUUGAUGAAAAUUCUGAAAUUUUGAUGUACGCCUUUCGGCCAUAAUGCAUUUUGAUGUUUGCACCUGUACUUAGUCCAAGAUAAAGUUUCGGCACUUUUGUGUAAAUUAAGACAAUCAUGCAUAUCUUUCUGAAGUUAUGCAAGCACAUUUGCUUAAUGGUGGCGAUGCUUUCUUCUCUGCAAGGAUCGAUAAAGAAAGAAACAACGGGUAAACACAUCACAGAGGUUGGCUAGAUUUGGAGAAGUCCUAACAUCAAUAUUUCAGGUCAAGAACAUUUUAACAAACCAAUUCCUACAUAGCUCCAUUCGCUUCAACCAAUAAUCUUGGAUCUGAAAUGCAAAACAGUGAUAAUUACUUCAUUCAUUAUUGUCCUUCCAUGUUCCUUCAGUUAGACGUGAAGUCAGAAAUUUCGUUUGGCUUUUGUGUAAAUAUAUUUCACAUUUGCACCUUUGUGUCAGCUGAACUCCUUUGAAUUGAUAACCAGGCAACAUUAUUGGUUUGUCAUUGUUUAUAAU